AUGUUCGAGCGCGUCCAUCCGGAUUUCAGGAUCGUGCUGGACUACCCUCAGGCCAUGCUCUAUCACAUUGGCACCAGAGACAUGAGGACGUUGAAAGAGGUCGAUGUGGACAUCGGAGUUCCCCGACCGAAGCGAUGGGAGAUACGAAGUGCCAAAGAGUGCCAAAGCUUGUUGGACUCCUUCCAUGGAUUCUCCGAGGGCCUUGUCGUGAGAGAUGCAAAGUACCGGCGGCAGAAGUGGAAAAGGCGAGAGUACUUGCUGAUGCACUCCGCUCGAUACCUCGUUGGGGAUGACCAGCCCUGCUAUGCCUGGGUCGCGAGGAGCACUGCAGCCGGAACUAUGGAUGCGGACCGCUUGUGCCUGAAUGUUUGGUUGAGGUCCGAGUCCUCCGAGUUUGCGGCGUACUUCCCUGAGGCCUUGGAGCGCUACAACCUGGUGCAAAGGCUCUUAGAGGAAGAAGGACUCUGCGAGGGCCUCGGUGACGUGCGCAGAGAGCGCGAACCUGGAAGCGGGCGCUUCCUUCACGAAGCGACGCUUUGGGAACGCCUCAAAGCAGCACUCCCCCAGACUGAAAAAGGCCGCCCUGAGUUCCGGGCUGCAGGGAGCAUGAAGACGAGACCGUCGCAGCAGUGA